CGAAUUACGUGCCAUUUUUAAGGGACUAAGUGCGUCUGUUUCAAUCUACAUGCAUUAUAAAGAGUCAUUUCUGAGACCCACUAUCUGCCUGACUCAAUUGAAUUUGAGUCUAUAAUCACAUAAUCGCCGAGGAGGCGAUAGCAUAUUUGUUGAGGUUUCGCAAGUAACGUGUGCUAGUCAGAAUCAGUUCGAAAAAGUCAGUCUUAGUGAGGAGAACACACCCAUCAAGCUAGUGGAUACAGUUUUCGAGGAUAUACAAGGAUUACCGGAAUGCGUCGAUCUGUUUUUCUGCUCCUAAUCUCCGCCAUUGUGCUGAGUGCGGCACUGGCUCUGCCAGCGAAUUGGAAGGAGUCCGGGUCCGAGUCCGAGUCUGAGUAUAAUGAUUAUAAUGAGCUAUCGGAGCAGCAGGAUCUGAACAGCAGUAUCGAGAAAACUAUCAGCAAGCGAGCUGCCAAGGACACUAGUUACAGCACGGAGGAUGAUGAGCUCACGGAUGGUGGCAGUGAGGAUGUUAACGAUAAAAUGGACAGCUCAAUGGAAUCCUCUUGGGUGGGGGAACAUAUGCUGAUCAUGGCAUCCGAGGAAGAAGCGGAGUCCGCUGUCAGAAGGCGCAGGUCUGGUGAGAGGAACAGGAACUUAUCGCUCCUGGCCACGAUUUGCCCGUAUGCUGAUUUCAGCCAAUUGGAGAAUGGUAUUACCUUAAAUUCUAGAAUUGAAAUCAGUGAUAUGUAUGCGAUUUGUAAAACUCUACCAGAGUCCGGUCGGGCACACGCAAUACAACUUUCCAGCGAUUAAAUAAAAGCAAACAAAAAUUCCAAGAA